UCUACCACCGCUCCACACGAAGACACCCACCAUGUCUAACCCGUCUCUCUACGGUCAACCGAAAUCUAAGAAAACAUCCCAGUCCGAUCUCCCCUCUGCCUCCACCCUCGCCUUCACCAGCACCCUCUCCUCCCUCAUCGCCAAAGACGACUCCACCCGCAGCGCCGGCCGUCCGCGACCCUCCAAAGCCCCCAAAUCCGACCUCUUCAGUCGUCCCAACAAAGGUGCGCAGAAACGCGCUGCCGCUGAUCUCCGCGACGAUGACAAUACCGCCCUGCAGCAGAAGCACCAGCGCACGGAGGAUAUCGGAGCCGUGGACGCCGCCGCGCUGCACCGGUCCAAGCGGCGGAUGGAGGAGAAAGUGCGGAUGUACGAUGACUUGAAGCGGGGGCUUUAUCUGGCCGGAGGAAGUGAUGAUGAGGAGGGAUCUGGACCGCAGGAUGCGUAUUUGGCGCGGUUACGGCGGAGGGAGAAGGAAGGGUUGGUGGAUUUUGAUCAGAAGUGGAGGAAGUCAGCAAAUGAGGAUGGAGAGGAGGAAGAGGAAGGGGAUGAUGAUAAUGCGUCGAUUGUCUCCUACGAGGAUGAACUGGGACGGUCGCGGCGCGGUACUCGAUCCGAGGCUGCGCGCGCGGCGGCGCUGAAAGAGCAGGACGAUCCACGGGGAAAUACUGAACGGUGGCGUCCGGCUCGUCCGGAGAACCUGAUCUAUGGGGUGACGGUGCAGUCUGAGGCGUUUAAUCCGGACGCGGCGGUUGCGUCGCAGAUGUCGUAUCUGGCUGCGCGGCGGGAUCGGUCGCCCACGCCGCCGGAGGAGAUGCAUUAUGAUGCUGAUGCGGAGGUUCGGAAUCGGGGUACGGGGUUCUAUGCCUUCUCGAAGGAUGAGAAUGUGCGGAAACAGCAGAUGGAGGAGCUGCUCAAUGCACGGGAGGAAACGCAGCGAGAGCGAGAUGCUAGACGGGAGAGACGGGCAGAGCGCGAGCGGUUGAGGGACGAACGGAAGAAAAAGGUCGAUGAGUUGCGGGCCAAAAGACGCGCGGAAAUGUUCCUUGCCAACCUGGGGGAUGUGGGUGUUCUGGCAGGAGGCAGUGGUUAGUAAGGGCGGUGUUCUCUUCUGGCUUGUUAUGACUUGUGAUACCCCUUGACGAUAUAUUAUAUUAAUGAGCUUAUUUGAUUUGGAAAAUUGGAUGUACACGCAAUCCCGCCCACCAGUGGACGAAGGGUAUCAUUGGUAGAACCAGCUAUAUGUGCAGCGAACGUGGC